UUCACUUCGUUCGUAAACAAACCCACAAACACUGCGUGCGCAGGUAUUUUCGUGUCUAAUUAACAUCUGUGACCCCCCGCCGCAAUCCACCUUCCCAUCCGUCACUUGCCAAAGAAAGAAAGAAAAAAAUCCCAAUUGUUUUGGCCUCCUCCGUUCAUUGAGGGGCGGAUUCGGCUGCUGCUGUCAUUCAGAAAAGUAGUGAAAAAACUCAACGAAAUGUGAUUCGCUGGGCGUUUUUCGAGUGAAGAGAAAAAGCCUUUCGACAUGGAUCUGGCCGCGGUGAUUGGGAACGUUUUCGGCGGCGGAUGUCCCGUGUCGCUGGCGGCGGAUGACGGAACUCAGGACGACGGUCCCUCGCCACUUUCGGGAUGUCUGGUUGAGAUUGGCCAGUGGUUGGAUGGGAAGCUGCAGGAGCACCAGUUUGGGGAGGACACUAGUUCGGACGAGGGACGGCUUGGGCCGCGGCGGACCAUAUUCGAUGUUGUGGAGGAUGGGUCGAUUCUCGUGUCCAAGGACAAGCUGACGCUGCAGUCGCAGAGCUUUUCUACGGUCAAGGCCAAUUGCUGCGUUUUUGCAGGGCGUUGGAUGUACGAGGUGCAGUUGCGUUCCAAGGGGGUGAUGCAGAUUGGGUGGUGUUCGGCGCACUGCAAGUUCACUCAGGACACCGGGGUUGGGGACACUCGGUACAGUUACGGGUUGGACGGGAGCAAGCAGCGCAUUUGGCACGUUUAUACGCAGAAAUAUGGUCCGUUUUGGAGGUCUGGGGAUAUCUUUGGCGUUUGCGUCGACAUGGAUGUCGGGAAGAUCGAAUACUACCGAAAUGGAGCUCCGUUGGGUGACGCCUUCAAGGAUAUUGAGCGAGGACCUGGGCUGGCACUGUAUCCGGCAGUUUCACUGGCGUUCAACGACAGCUUAACAGCCAAUUUCGGAGGUUCUCCGUUGAAACACCCAAUCGAGGGAUAUCGAUGCCUGCAGGAUGCGCCCAACGUUCUGCUCUACCAGGCGGACUUGUUGCUCAAAUAUCUGGUAAAUCUGUCCGGUGCCAUUUCCCGUCACACUCAGUCUGAUCUGGACUCUCCUUCGUUAACCGUUCCAACCUCUGAAGCCGUUUACAUGCUGAUUGUGGCCAUGCUGAUCGAACGAAUCGCUCCUCUACUGGCCAACGCUUACGCUGUUGAGGACAAAGCCUUCAAAUACAUGAAAGGAAUGUGUGUCCUGAGGAGCAACACCAAGAACGAAUCUCCCAUCCAACCAGGCUCUCCCGAAAGCACCCUCGGAACAUUCCUAACCCUGCUCUGGACGUACCUCGAGCCGGAAGAGAUGAAACUCUUCCUGAAAAAGCUCCUCAACUUCCUGGCCAACACGUACAAAGAAACCCCCGUCGAUCUCGAGUACGAAAAACAGCGCAAAAUCAUCGUCAUUCUCACCUGCAUCUGCAACCAUCCCCAAACCCGGAAAUACCUCCUAGAAUUCAAGUUCUUCAAGAAAAACUGCCUACCUCUCUUCCUGUACACCAAACCUCCGGACGAAUCAACCCUCGAAAACCUCCUCCCCGACGAUGCCAUCUGGACGGAGGGACUCGGCGGAUCGCGCGCCCAAUAUCUAGCCGCCUGCGACAAGCUAAAAUCCCACACCUCCGUACUCUACACCCUACAGAAGAACCUCAUCCAAAUUCUGCUAAACAACACCGACGGCGAUCCGUACUCGCCCUCCAGCCGCAGCAUUUUCCUCUCCAAACUGCGCAAAUUCGUCAUGGACAACAACGCCGAAAUGCGCGGCCUGUACUCGUCCUCAACGCAACCCGCCAUCGGACUGUCCUUCCUUUGCACCCUUCUGGAUCUAGCCCGAACCCUGCGCGACGAAGAACUCCAGGACGAACCGGACACCAAACCGUACAUCGACUACCGGUUCUACUACGACGGCACCUUCAAGUACACCAACAUUGACCGCAUCGGGGGCGUCCUCUCGUACCUUCGGAAGCACUUCCGGACGCAGCUGGUGGAGAAGCUGGGCUCGGACCACCCCAGCUUGAGCGCCGUCGACCAGCAGUCCGAUCUGAGGAACGAAAUUGCCGCGUUCAACGCGUUUCUAGACUCGGCGAUCUUUCUCGUGUCCGGUGGGCCGAAUUCGGCGCUCUCGCUGGCCACCAGGGCGGCCUCCAACAUCACCUCCGAGCUUCACCGGCAGGGCGAGACAUCCCUAACCUCCGCCGGGCGCACCGGAAGCUCCGGUGGAGGCAGCGGCGGUCCCAUCUGCUACGGCAACGUGGACCCCCGUAUGUCGAUCUGCGAGCUGCUCGAUUGCUGCGUCAUUUUCUACUAUUCCGUUGCGCACAAGUACGUGGUGAUGAUCGCCGAUCUGCGGGACAACAUAAGCCACCUGUCGGACAUCCUGCUGGAGACGAAGACCAACUGCGACGACGUGGUGCACAACCUGGAGGAGCUGAAGCGAGCGGGCGCGGCGGGAUACAGCAAGGCUCACGAGGAGUUGAUACAGGAGCUGGACACGAGGUUUGGCCAGCGGAAGAGUAUCUUUGCGAAACGCUCGAUGGAGUUGGCCCGCAAGCAGGCCUGGUACCGUUCAGUGGCCCUCGGAACGCAUCGUCGUGGACUUCUCUGCUGGUUGAUGGGUAUCAUCUUUGAAACGCUUCGGCGUUUCAGCUCCGAAGAUGUCCUGUUCUCGUUUCUCCCGGAAACUUACGUCAACGUGAUUCCGGUUCUGCUCGAUACCAUCAUGGACUUUAGCUUUCACGACACUGCCGUUCAGCACGACCUGUCCGAGGACGAUCCGUUGAUCGAGUCGGCCGCCGAGUUCUUGGCGCACCAUCUGGCGGACUCCCGGGUGAUCCUGGCUUCUUGCAAAGACGCUCUGAUACAAGCUCUGGGAUCGCUGACCUGUCACGAGGCUGGAAUUCGAGCGCUGGAGCAUGCCUCCCAGGCUAGUCAGCAAUCGUUGGUACGAGCUCUCCUUAGACCGUACGAGAAUCGCGCCUGGGGACAGAGUAACUGGCUGUUGCUUCGCUUCUGGCUUGGUGACGGCUUUGGCUACCGAGAAUCACGAGCACCGUGCGUUUGGCAAGCCGGAAGGCAACCCGGUCGCUCGCUGGGACUGUUCCGAAGCCGGGCCAAGAACGGUUCCCACACUGGGUUGCUCCAUCUAAUCGCUCCAGCGUGUCCGUCACGACACUUUCAACGUCUGAUCAGCGAGAUGCUCAGCAAAGACGAAACGUUCUGCACUUCGUUCUUGAACUCGGUGCUCUCACAGCUAAACUGGGCAUUUUCGGAGUUUAUCCACAUUCUUCAGGACAUCCAGAACGUCUCCCAGCGGGACGAGCAGCAGGUCAUCGAAACGAAGCAACUCAAGAUCUGCUCGAUGUGCUUCGAACUCACCGUAUCGCUCAUGCGAGCCCUGGAAAUGAUCGUAACCAUCACGCCGGGCCUGUGGCUGGACACCUCCCGUGCCAACAGCGAAAUCAUCCUGGGACGAAUCUGCCAACUCGCAAUCCAAGUGCUAUCCCGCGUCACAAUCCCCCCAGGUUGCUUCCAGCACGUGAUGGACCUGUGCCUGCCGGACCUGAGUAACGUGACCCACUUUGCGAUCAUUAGCGCAGCGAUCGGCAUUCUCCUCGCACUAAUGAAGAACGAACUCGGUGGUGGCGCUGAUGGCGCUGCCCUAGUCGCCGGCACGUCCGACAUCAGUGUGCACAAGGUGCCGCGCGUAUCCAAGUAUCUCCUCACGGACACCAGCUUUCACAUCACCAGCUUGGAGUUUGCGCUCGGGGAAAUCAAGACGCCGAUUGCCAACACGAGCCAGGAAGCGCCGCGCGGGAACUUUGACCCGAAGAUGCGAGCGCACAUCGAUCCGCUGACGAACGAGGUGCGUGUUCCGUCGCCGUUCCGGGCGAUCAUCGGCGUGAAGGAGAUCGUACCGGAUCCGCCGAUCAUCAAGUUCAAUAUGGCCGACUACCCCAGCCACGUGACCCAGGAGGAGCUGGACCAGGUGCGUCGCCUGAUCGAAAUCCUCCAGCUGCGCCAGACGUUGCUCUCGGAGAUUACCGUACUCUCGGAGGAAUCGCUCUGCCCAAUUUGCUACGCCAAGCAAAACUCGGCCAUGUUCGAUCCCUGCCAGCAUCAAUCGUGCGAGAGUUGCAUCAUUCAACACCUCAUGAACAGCAAACUGUGCUUUUACUGCAAGUUGUUCAUCUCAAAAGUAACCAGAACCCCAGACGGAGCCGUAAUCUACGAGAGUAGCGUUCCGCUCAACAUGCCAGCACUGCCCCAGACAACGAACGGCUCGUCGCAAACGGACGACUCCGUGGACGAGGGUGAUGGUCCUUCAUCGACGACGACGACGACCUAGCGUAAGUCCCAGCAACAAAUUCCAUAACCGAUUUGCUCCAAUUUGUGUUUUCAUCGUUUUAAAUUAAUGUGUCGUGAGCUUUACGCAAAAGUAUUCGCUUCGAAGCAUCGAAUGAUUCUAGUCAAAAUCACACAAAUAACGCGCCUAGCAUUAGAUAUCGAAUGAAUUAUCUGGACAGUGAUAGCAGAUUUAAACCAUUAUCGAACAAAGACAUUUUUACACGUUAUAUUUGCUUGCCGCUUUUCAUAAUCAGAAAAUUUCUCUUACGUAAAUUA